CAGCCUCAACUGACCAAGUUACCACAAACCCAAUUCACUGUGGUCUUUGUGUGUUGUCAUUGAGUCCCUCACACAUCUCUUUCACCACCAUUUUCAGGAGACCAGGCCUGCAGGCAAAAAGCUACCACUGUAAUGAUAAUAUAAAACAAGCCCAGCCAUUUUUUUUCUUUGUUUUUUUUUUUUUUCUAUUCAGUGCCCCACACACAUCCUCCUCAUGCCCUCCACUGAGCAGCAUUUUAAGCAGCUUCUCCUCUGUUGGUGCUUUGUCCUGGCCAUUCCUCCUCUUCAUUCCUCAAAGCAUGGAUUCUCUAACAUGGAAAACCAUCCCAAUGGUUUCUGUUGUGUUCCAGCUCUGCUUUCUCUUGAAGGCUCACCCCUCUUUGUCUCAUCCUGACAAGAUUAUCCAGCUUCCUGGACAACCCCAGGUGGGCUUUCAGCAGUUUUCUGGUUAUGUCAGUCUGGAUGACAAGAAGCAAAGAGCUCUCUUUUACUACUUUGUUGAAGCUGAAUCAGACCCAGCUUCAAAACCACUGGUUUUGUGGUUGAAUGGAGGCCCUGGCUGUUCUUCACUUGGGGUGGGGGCAUUCUCUGAAAAUGGACCUUUCAGACCAAAUGGGGAGUUUCUGUUGAGGAAUGAGUAUAGCUGGAACAGAGAAGCAAAUAUGCUGUAUCUAGAGACACCAGUAGGAGUGGGAUUCUCUUAUUCAUCUGAUACCCCUUAUGUCACAGUGGAUGAUAAGAUAACAGCCAGGGACAAUCUUGCGUUCUUGCAGCUCUGGUUCCUCAAGUUUCCCCAAUACAAGCAUAGGGAUUUGUUUAUCACAGGGGAAAGUUAUGCAGGCCACUAUGUUCCCCAACUUGCAGAACUCAUGAUUCAGUUCAACAAAAAGGAGAAGUUGUUCAAUUUGAAGGGAAUUGCUCUGGGUAAUCCGGUUCUAGAAUUCGCCACUGACCUCAAUUCAAGGGCUGAGUACUUCUGGUCUCAUGGCCUAAUAUCGGAUUCAACAUACAGAUUGUUCACUUCUGCCUGUAACUAUUCUCGCUAUGUGAGUGAAUACUAUAGAGACUCAGUUUCAUCUGUUUGUUCAAGGGUGAUGGCCCAAGUAAGCAGAGAAACCAGUAAAUUUGUGGACAAGUAUGAUGUUACCCUUGACGUCUGCCUUUCAUCAGUACUCUCACAAUCCAAAGUCAUUAGUCCCCAACAAGUUGCAGAGACAAUAGACGUGUGCAUAGACGAUAAAACUGUGAAUUAUCUAAACCGAAAAGAUGUGCAGAAGGCUCUCCAUGCCAGGCUUGUUGGCAUUCGCAGUUGGACCGUCUGCAGCGACAUUCUGGAUUAUGAGCUCCUCAACCUGGAGAUACCUACGAUUUCCAUUGUGGGAUCACUCAUCAAGGCUGGAAUUCCAGUCCUGGUCUAUAGUGGAGAUCAAGAUUCAGUAAUACCGUUGACAGGGAGUCGAACUCUGGUUCAUAAUCUGGCUAAGGAGCUGGGACUAAACACAACUGUGCCUUACAGAGUUUGGUUUGAGGGGAAGCAGGUUGGUGGAUGGACUAGAGUUUAUGGUAAUAUCCUCUCAUUUGCCACCAUUAGAGGUGCUUCUCAUGAAGCUCCCUUCUCACAGCCUGAGAGAUCACUAGUGUUGUUCAAGUCAUUUCUUGAAGCCAGGCCUCUACCAGAAUUUUUCUGAUAUAAAAAUGGUCAGAUUUAGUAGUAAUUAAGCUGAGGUUGUAAGUAAACGUAUGGGCUUAUUCACAAGUGUUGUCAAAAAGAAAGGGGAAGAAAAUGAUUGUAAGUUUUCUUGUUUUCUUGGGUUUUUUGUCAAUGCGAUGAAUCUCUUGGGGUCCUGAAAUUUUGUAAAAAGAUAUUAUAAGAAAGAAGUGCCUUUUUGGUGAUAUAAGUUGGUUAAA